CUCUGUCCCCGCGGGAGCUGGGGCUGGGACGGCGGGCCCUUCCCUCCCAGAGCCCGGACAGCGCCCAAGCGCCCGCCCCCCUCCGCCCGUGGGGAGGAAGUGGCAGGAGCGCCCAGGCUCCCCCCACCCCCACCCGCAGCUGGAGCAGCGGCGCCGCCGGUGAUUCAUUCACUGAGUGGGGGUGGAGGGGACCCAGCCCGGAGCAGACCGAUCGCGGGCGGCCGCAGCCUAGGCUCAAGGAAAGGCUCCGCGGGGCCAGGGUGCUGCGAGGAUCCGCCGGCAGCGCCUUCCCCGAGGACGGGGUCCGCCCUGCGGGUGGUCAGGAAACCGUCUCCCCACUGUGCCCAGCACCGGGCAGGGCAGGAGAUGGGCCCGUGUUGGAGGGACCCAGAGAAGGAGCGGUGGACACUGGAGUGACUGGUGUGAGUGCAGCCACCGGGGCAGCACCUCACCUGCCGGGGAAGAGCCAGGUGCCUCUGUCUAGGUGGGGGACCCCUUUGUCCACCGGCCCGGGAGCCUCGCCCCAGGUCCAGGGCUCAGGCACACAGAGCCGCCCGGGGGAUGCCCCACCCCUUCCUGGAUGCUUUUCCUGAGGACUUCUGGGCAGCGAGGUUGACGGCGAGGAGGCUGCGCGCUCCAGGGGGACAGAUGGACAGGUGAUGGAGAGGGUGGCUCCCGUGUCCCCCAUCCCGAGGAGCCACCACUGGUAGGAGAUCGAGGUCACUUGACGUGGACGCAGCGGAGCCCUGCAGGCCUCCCCCUCCUGCAUGUGCUCCUGGGGGCGCAGUGGCCCGGCCGGGACCCGAGCGCAUGGCCCCAGGGGUCUGCAUGUGGCCAGGGGUCUGAAGGGCACAGGCCAUGAGCGCUCGGGCAGGCCUCUGGGUCCUCAGCCUGCUCCUCUGUGGCCCCCCGCGCUGGACCCAAAGCCGAGAGGAGGCCCGGGAAGCUGAGCACAGACCACCGCCCAGCCCCUCCGUCAGCUCCCAGCCGCACCUCAUCUUCAUCCUCGCCGAUGACCAGGGGUUUGGGGACGUAGGCUACCACGGCUCGGAGAUCCGGACCCCCACUCUGGACAGGCUGGCUGCUGAAGGGGUGAAGCUGGAGAACUACUACGUCCAGCCCAUCUGCACACCGUCCAGGAGUCAGUUUAUUACCGGAAAGUACCAGAUCCACACCGGCCUGCAGCACUCGGUCAUCCGGCCCUCGCAGCCCAGCUGCCUGCCCCUGGACAGCGCCACCCUGCCCCAGAAGCUGAAGGAGCUGGGCUACUCCACGCACAUGGUGGGCAAGUGGCACCUGGGCUUCUACCGAAGAGAGUGCCUGCCCACCAGCAGAGGCUUCGACACCUUCUUCGGCUCCCUCCUGGGAAGCGGCGACUACUACACCCACUACAAAUGCGACGGCCCCGGGGUGUGCGGCUACGACCUGUACGAAGGUGACCGAGCGGCCUGGGGCCACGACGGGGGCGUGUACUCUACACACAUGUACACGCAGAGGGUGCAGCAACUCCUGGCCUCCCAGGACCCCCGGAAGCCGCUGUUUUUGUACCUCGCCUACCAGGCCGUCCACUCCCCGCUGCAGGCCCCCAGCAGGUACCUGGAGCGCUACAGGUCCAUGGCGAACGUGAACAGACGCAGGUACGCCGCCAUGCUCUCCUGCCUGGACGAGGCGGUCCGCAACGUGACCUUGGCCCUGAAGGCACACGGCUUCUACAACAACAGCAUCCUCAUCUACUCCUCCGACAACGGCGGCCAGCCCGCCGCCGGGGGCAACAACUGGCCCCUCAGGGGCAGCAAAGGCACCUACUGGGAAGGGGGCAUCCGCGCCGUGGGCUUCGUGCACAGCCCCCUUCUGAAGAACCGGGGGACAGUGUGCAAGGAGCUGGUGCACAUCACCGACUGGUACCCCACGCUGGUCGCACUGGCCGAAGGGCAGAUCGAUGAGGACGGGCACCUGGACGGCUACGACGUCUGGGAGACCCUCAGCGAGGGCUUGCGCUCGCCCCGGGAGGACAUCCUGCACAACAUCGACCCCAUCUACACCAGGGCCAGGCACGGCUCCUGGGCCGCGGGCUACGGGAUCUGGGACACGGCCGUCCAGUCCGCCAUCAGGGUGCGGCACUGGAAGCUGCUCACCGGGAACCCCGGGUACGGCGACUGGGUGCCCCCUCAGGCCUUCAGCAACCUGGGCCCCGACCGGUGGCACAACGAACGGGUCACCCUGUCCACCGGCAAGAGCGUGUGGCUCUUCAACAUCACGGCCGACCCCUACGAGAGAGUGGACCUCUCCAGCAGGUACCCCGGCGUGGUGAGGCAGCUGCUCCGCCGGCUGUCCCGCUUCAACAGGACUGCGGUGCCCGUCUGGUACCCGCCCGGAGACCCCAGGAGCAACCCUCAGCUCAACGGGGGAGUCUGGGGGCCCUGGUACAAAGAGGAAGGCAAGAGAAAGAAGCCGCGCAAGCACGAGGCCCAGGGGAAGCAGAAGAAAAGGAAGAGCAAGAGCAGACCGCAGGACGCAGGUGCGGGCCCCCAGUGUGGUCGAGGGGCUCCCCGGGGGUGACGCCAGCGUCCGGCCGCUGCGCCACGUGAUCAGGCCUCAGUCUGUCACCUGUUUGCCACCCAAACGGCAAGUGUGGCUCCACUCGCCCCCUGCCCCUGCCCACGUGGGCCACCCGGCCGCCACCUGGGAGCCCUCUGUUCCCGCAGCCGCCCUCCGGGGAGGUCGGCUUCCCUCGCCCUUCACAGCAGGCAUCACGGAGGUCAACCUCAGAGGGUCGAACUUGGUCGGUCGGGGACCGAGGUCCCAGGGCCCCUCACCUGCCCGCAGUGGCCAUGCUCACCGGCAGCAGCGCUGGGGCGGCCUGAACGAAAACUGCCUCUGAGGACAGUCAAAGGUGGGCUCGCCUAAAGCCUCAGGAAACACGUGCUCCCAGUGUGUGCUGACCACUCUCCUCUCCAGAACGCCGGCGGACUCUCCUGGGGCGCAGCCUGCCGCACGCGGGAGGGACCAGCCCGGGAGAAAGUCUCUACGCAGCCAAGGCACAAAUGUCAUUGUUUGCUAAACACCCUCCUAGAAGACGAUUCAGCACAAACCACGUAAUUUAUUUUUACAGAAAAUAGACUAAUGAUUCUGUUUUUAUAAAAUGCUAUACAAGUGAUUUUAAUUAUUUUUAUUUUCUACAUACCAUUAGAAGAAUUUCAUUUCAUAUCUUCAAGAUUACCAAGCACUGUGAUACUGUAAAUUACUGUUACACUGUGUGAAUUUAUAGAAUCUAAAAAGAAAAUUAUGCUGGAAAAUGGUAAUUAUUGCUGUUCAAUCAUUAUUUUGAAUGUAGUAAGAUGAAUGUACUCCAUACAGAUUACUGGGGAAUUCUGCAUUUGAACAGUGUUGAGAGACACCUUUAUUGUUUCUAACAUAAACAUCUUAUUUAUGUAUCUUAAUUAUCAAAAUGAUUUAUUUUAUGGCACCAGCAAAUUCACUGUGGCUUUUCUGAUCUAACUUCAAGAUAAUACAUUAUUCAUCUUAACAAAUAAAAGUCUUUACAAUUAGGCAACUGGGGUUGAUUUGCUAACAACACAGUAACAUGGACUUUUACAAGUAGGUAUUUCCACGGGGCUACUGAAUGGGGAAAAACGUUCUCGUGAAUAAAACAUUUAUGAUGACCUGCCCUUCCACACAGGGACACAGGAGGGAGACAACUGGACUAGUUCAGAUCCAGUGUGACCAGCACCGCAAACUCCAGGACGAGGGUCCGAGCAGCGAGGUCUGUGGUGGAGGGUGGGCAGCGCCCUCCUCUGAGGGACCCUCUCCUGACACACAGGCCGCUGGAAAGAUCACGAGAGCCACACACAUGGCACUGAAGUGGCGGCGGCUGAAGUGCACAGGGUGGGCGGAUGCCGACCGUCAGACACACAGAGACCAGACCACCCAGGGUGUUCCCCACGGUUUACACAGACCAACGGAGGGUCCGUAACCGUUACU